CAAGUGUUUUGUAAGACUUGAAUCGAGUGUUUAGAUAAUGACUUGAAUUGUUUAAAGGGGCCUUAGAUUAACAUUCACAAAUUAAAAUCAUUGAAAAGUUCAUAAUUACCAAAUGAACACAAAAGAAAAUUUUCAUCAGAUAUUAUUCCUCCUCCAAUUUCCGCCCGAGUGCCCUUUAAUUUGUUAGCACUAACAUAACUAUUACAAAGAAAGCCAUCUAAGAGCGACGUGACGUCUCAAGUAAAGGCAAACCCUUAUAACAUAUGGUUGUCGAACCAUACGGACAGGUUGAUUGGAAACUAAUUUGAAGAUGAUCAAGCAAGAAUCAUUUACGCCCUAAACUGGCCAGGAACAGAUAGAAAUUGCGUAGCCAAGUGAGAGGAAUGGAACUCAAUGGAGUUUCACGUAAUGGCCACAUCAAGCAACAAAAUCUCAAUAAAUUAGAGAACGAGAAGGUAAAAAACUCAACACUCACCAUCUCAGAUCAAACUGACGAGGAAGAGGAAGGAGACCAAGUUACACCUCUGCCUGGUUCAACUGUGAACCUUGAUAUAGUGAGUUGGCCCCCAGAAGAGACAGACCCAUCAGGGCAAGUCCGCGUUACAGUCAUACCGUCGGCUCAGGACGAAUCUAGAAGAAAAUCCCGGUAUUCAACAUAUCAGCAAUCUCCGCCAUCACUUAUUCCUCGACCAGAAAAUCACCUUUGUCUGGCAAUAACUGCAAUGGUCUGUUGCUGCCUACCCUUGGGUGUGGUCGGAUUCAUUUGCGCGCUACAGGUGGACAGAACCUACGAUGAUGGAAACCGAGAAGGUGCCGUGGAGAAAUCGAAAAAUGCCAAGUACUGGAGUAUGACAGCAAUUGUGUUUGGCAUGCUGGGAAUAAUUGGGGUGUCGUUUUAUGGGAUAUUCUUUCAUCUCGUUCCUUCUAUAUCAUAGCCUUUGCGAGCGGUUGACGGUUGACUUAAAUUUCAGGCGAGACAAAUUUUCACAUCUCGCGAAAUAAGCAUGAGAGUUUUUAAUGAUGCUCAGCGUCGAAUAUGCUACAAUCAAGCUGAGUCUCUGUUCAGCCCUGACUUGGAAGAAGGACUAUGGGAGAACGGUAUCAUAUCCUGAAUUUCUUCCUCGCAAUCCUUUCACCAGCAACUGUCUAUGUGCUUGAGGAUGGCAGAACCAAGGACAUGGUGUAAAUCUAUCUUAAACAUGAAAGAAUCUACGAUCACAGAAGUAAAGAAAAACGGAAGAGGUUGUGUUACGGCCAAUACAAAAAAGGGGGUGGGGUGGUGUUUUGGACAGCUCAAGACUAUGAUAGGCGCACCUCUCCCCCUGAUCCAACUGCUCAGAGUCAGUUGGAUCGAGAAAGUGACAGAAUUUUAUUUUGAUUUUUAAUGUCUUUGCUGCAUGGAUUCAUCCUUACUGAUACUCCAGCUUAUCGAGACAUGGCUGAAAAAUCCAUGUCGCUAAUCACUUAGUCGACCGUAAGCAACGAGGAGAGAGCUUGGCUCACACUCUUUGUUCGUGAAGAGGAAACAAAAAAUUUUAUACAAAGCAUGACUACGGACUUCAGUUACAGAGCGAGUUAAGAAAGUCAGAGGGUGAAUUUUUAUAGAAAAUACUGAAGACAGACUUGGUUGCCUCAAAAUCCUACAAAACCCUUUGUAAAUAACUCGGCUCGAAAAUUCUUCCUUAAUAAUUAUGAAAUUUUGCAUCAGACCAUAAAAAUGAGAUGUCACGGUUAUAGUUAGUCUCCUUCGCAGCCGUUGGGGAGGAGCGUUGCGUGACGAGCCUAAAAACGGCUGCGAAGGAGACUAGGUUUUAGUUUGAAGUAAGGCGUUCUUCAUCAACCCCUUGACCCCUAACAGUGAUCAGCAUUUAAUUUCUCCCUAACAGUGAUCAGCAUUUAAUUUCUCCCUGCAACAUCACCCCUGAAUCACACAUUAAGG